AUGGCAAACUCACGCGAGUGGAUCUACAGGGACAGGGAGAAAUGCAUAAUACAGCACCCCUCUCUCUUACGUGGUUGCCCCUUUGCCACGCUCACUCCUCGCUUCCUCCGUGGCGCGCUUAGUCACGCCCAGCUCUGCACCCUAAAUAGCUUGGAAGCGUGGGUAUCUCUUGUACGGGCCUCUGGGGACUGGGAAGUCGUCAUUGCGAACUACACGCAGUAUGAUGUCUACGAUAUGGAACUGACGGAGGUGCAGAGCAAUGCAGACUUGAGAAAGCUGCUCAUGGGGAUUUCCAACAAGGCGAUCAUCGUGAUCGAGGACAUCGACUGCUCGCUGGAGCUCAAGAAGAGGGGGAAGCCGGCAGCGGAGGAAGAAACCGAGGAGAAAGAUGGAGAGUCCGAGAAGAAAAACAAGAAAAAGGAGCAAGAGAGCAGCAGGGUCACACUUUCGGGGCUACUGAAUUUCAUCGAUGCGCUGUGGUCUUGUAGCAGGAGUGAGAGGAUCAUCAUCUUCACGACCAACCACAAGGAGGAUCUAGACCCUGUGUUGUUGAGGUCCGGCAGGAUGGACCUCCACAUUUUCAUGGGCUACUAUGGAUUUGAGGCGUUCAAGGUGCUGGCGUGGACUCACCUUGAAAUCUCACAACAGGAGCAGUUUGAGGAGGAGUUUGGAGAGAUCGAGGAGCUGAUCGCCAAGGUUGAGAUUACUCCUGCUGAUAUUGCAGAGGUGUUGAUCCAGAACAGGGGGAACUCGAGAGGGGCUCUAGAGAAAGUGAUUGAGGCUCUCCAGGAUUGA